AUUCAAUAUAGUGUCUGAGUUUACAAAACGUUUCAAAUUUUAGCAGCCAAAAGUGUAUUGCAAGGGUGUAGUACACAGCCAGAGAACUUCAUACUGAAUGUGUUAUCAUUUGUAAUGACCGAAAAUAAAGAACAACAGGAAGAUGAACUUCUUGCACUUUCGAGUAUAUAUGAUGACACAGUGAUCUCCCUUGUUCAGGACAAUAAUGACUGUGGGGGCCAGUUCUCGGCCAGAUUACACUUUCCAGAAAAUUUCCAGUUGGCUGUGAUUACUGAUAAAACCGAUGAUGAAAUUAAACCCAAAGAAUUUCACACCUUGAAGCAUCUUCCUCCUCUGAUAUUAGACUUCCAGUUACCGCCUGAUUAUCCAUCUGAUAAUCCACCUCAGUUCACACUGUCAUGCAAAUGGCUUAACAGGAAACAGUUGUCCUUGUUGUGUGCAAAGCUUGAUGAAUUAUGGGAAGAGGACAAAGGAUCAGUGAUUCUGUUUACAUGGACAAACUUUCUGUUGGACGAUUCUUACAGUUUCUUAGGACUUGAAAACCCUUUAAUCAUUUCUAAAGAUACGAAUAGAAAGGAUUCGGCUUUAGACUCUCGAGCCAUUCAAGACAUCGCUUCCUAUGAUCGCCUGCUUCCAGUGAUAUUGGAGUAUAACAAACAAGCCAUAAAGCUUGAUUUUGAUAAAUCAUUUUUUCCGUGUCAAGUUUGUUUUGGGGAAAAGUUGGGCUCCCAGUGCAUAAAGUUUCUAGACUGUGACCAUGUGUACUGUAAAUCUUGUAUGAGGGACUACUUCAAUGUACAGAUUAAUGAAGGCAAUGUCAAAGGCCUUAUCUGUCCAUAUGAUAAAUGUGAAACUCAGGCCCACCCUUGUCAGGUACAAGAGUUGGUCAAUCAAGAAGUGUUUGCUAAGUAUGACAGAAUGUUACUGAUGACCAGUUUGGACCAGAUGGUGGACGUCGUGUACUGUCCCCGCCCAGCUUGUCAGUACCCUGUCUCUGUGGACAAGGAGAGCAACUUUGGCAACUGUCCGUCGUGUAGAUACGUCUUCUGCAUUCUCUGCCAGUUAGUUUAUCAUGGGUUAUCUCCCUGUAAGAUCAAAUCAGAUGGACUGCAAAAACUUCGGGAUGAGUAUAACAAUGCUGAUGAAAAGACAAAGAAGUUACUAGAGAAACGAUACGGCAAACAAACCAUAGAAGCAGCUGUAGCAGAAUGCCUCACAAAAGAUUGGUUGGACCAGUUCUCCAAGACCUGUCCUAGCUGUGGAGCUAGUAUUCAGAAAAUCGAUGGUUGUAACAAGAUGACGUGUAUGAAGUGCCGCGCCCACUUCUGCUGGCUGUGUGAAGAGUAUCUGCCCCGAAACAAUCCGUACAGUCACUACAACACACUCAACAGCCCCUGCCGAAACAAACUGUUUGAGGGAGUGAAUGAAUUUGACGAUGAAGAUGACUUAAUGUGGAUGUAGAUAGCCCGCUAUACUGUGUAUAGUGUUCAAAAUUAAUGAUUUUAUGAUAUUAAUUGCGGUAAUUUAAUGGGUUGUUCAUUCUACGAUUGUUUUUCUUUAUGCAUUCUUGAAUGAGAUUCAUGUUAAGCAGACUUGCCUAUUUAUAAUUAUGAUAAUGAUUUAUUAUAUAAGAAACAUGGCCAAGAUGUGCUAUUUGUGAUAAUUUCUAAAUAUUAUGAAGAUGUAACUAUGUUACAUAGGCUAUGUAAUUUUAUUGCUGUUUGUUAGGAAUGAAGAAACUCUAAUUAAUAUAUUAAUAUUUCUAUGAAAUUAGCAUAUGAAUUGUUAAUGCAAUAGAAUUGUGAAAGGAAUUUCUAGAACAGUGAGGAAAAAUUGUUUGAGAUUGUUUGAGAUGUGCUUCGCAAGUAGCUGAGUGAGUGAAUUUAUGUGUGUUGAAUGAUUCAAAUUAUCUAAUUAUGGAAAUCCUUAUAUUUUAAAUAUAUAUGACUGUACAUGAAUUAAUGAUCAAAGUAAUUUUUAAUAAAUAUUACCUGCCACUUAAUUAAA